AUGGUGCCUGAAGGCAACUCAAUGUGCCGGUAUGGAUGUGGUUUCUACGGUAACCCUGCCACUGACGGACUAUGUUCACUGUGUUACAAAGAAAUGCUCCGAAGGAAGCAAGAACCAUCCAGUACCAGCUCCGCCACCAGUACGAUCUCUACUGUCUCAGCAACCCUGCAAGAACUGCCCAGCACCAGCUCCGCCACCAGUACGAUCUCUGCUCUCUCAGCAACCCUGCAAGAACUACCCAGCACCAGCUCCGCCACCAGUACGAUCUCUGCUCUCUCAGCAACCCUGCAAGAACCAUCCAGUACCAGCUCCGCCACCAGUACGAUCUCUACUGUCUCAGCAACCCUGCAACAGCUACCCAGUACCAGCUCCGUUAACAGUACGAUCUCUGCUCUCUCAGCAACCCUGCAAGAACUACCCAGCACCAGCUCCGCCACCAGUACGAUCUCUGCUCUCUCAGCAACCCUGUUGGAGACGCACAUAACCGAGCCCACAAACCCUGUCAUUGGUGCAGCAUCGACUCAUGCUCACUCAAUUGGUAAUAACAAGGAUACGAAAGAAAAAGCAGCAGACACCAGUAGUGUGGUGGAUAAUAAACUAGACCUGAGCAAAGAGCAGGAUAACAGCAGUGAUAAGGACUCUAAGAAGAAAAACCGCUGUUCCAUGUGUCGCAAGAAGGUUGGGCUGAUAGGUAUCGAGUGUCGCUGCGGAGGCCUGUACUGUGGCAUCCACCGAUAUUCGGACAGGCACGAUUGCUCCACGACUGCUCGUUUUGACUACCGAGAGCUUGGCGCACAAGAGAUCCGGCGCAACAACCCGCUCGUUGUCGGUGAGAAGAUUCAGAAGAUAUAA